AGGGUUUGGUAAUGUUAGAUCAUGAAGGGUAUCGUGGCUAAUCCGAAAGAAGCAAUCUCGAAUACGCACGUCUCUUUUAGGUUAGACUGUCGUAUUCACGGCAUCAACUUCGUUGCUUUGACUUGGUGGGACUUGGCCGAACCAUGGCAUAUAAGAACUCCAAGGGACACAUGUAAUAUGCUUCUCAGAACACUCAAAAUAAAAAUCAACCGCGCAAUUUCCUUCCUGUUCUCUUUCUCUCGAGUUCACAAUGAGUCAAAAGCAUCAACCAAUACCCAACGGUCCGCCUCCGCCAUACCCACAGGAGCACCAAAGUGACCAACUUGAAGCACCUGCGACCCAAGUCCCCCAACCCAGAAGCAGCAACUGGGAGAAUGGCAUUUGCUCUUGUUUCUCUCAAUGCGAUACAUGCUUGAUGAGCUGCUGCCUUCCAUGCAUCACGUAUGGCAAGACGCAGACCCGAAUGCGGGAUCCUUCCCUGCGGAGCUACAGUGCUCUCAAUGGUGACUGCCUCAUCUUUGGACUUCUAAGCUUGGGAGCCCUGAACUGGAUUAUCCAAACAUCGACACGGGCACAAAUGCGCAGAAACUUUAGCAUCGAAGGCUCGUGCUGCGGAGACUGCUUGACUGUUUUCUUCUGCCCUUGCUGCGCCGUUGGACAGGAAGAAAUGGAAGCGCAGACUCGGCUGCAAGGCGACCAGACCGGUUACCGCAUGUCGGAAGGAAUGAACUAUCCCUCAUAGAUG